UUUCUUAUUGCUCCAGGAAGCAUCAUGCACGCUCUAAGAUGCAUAUAUUCUCGGUAAAUAAUUUAAUAUCGCAUUAUUUAUGUGAACGACUUUCGGUUUCGGUUUCUGAGCGCCGAGUUGGACAGUGACGUCACUGGGUAGCAAGCUUGGUCACGUGGGCCCACAAAGCUGUGACGCACUUACUGCUGCAUCGUCUGCUCUCGCACACACGUGCUGUGCCAGCGUAGGCAAACAAAACCACGCCGGCAGUUGUCAUGGAUGGCUGCGGCACUUCCGAUUCUGACUGUACGUCUGCGUCCGACUCCAAUGAAGACCUUGACUAGAUUGACGGUUUUUUUUUUCUUUUUUUUUCUGUCUGUCUGUUUUUUUUUUUUUAAUCGCGAGAGACCAUGACGUAUGCUCUGACGCGCGCGCAGCCAGCGUGCGCGCCAGCACGCGAGCUUGGUUUUGCUAGUUCGUCUGCUACGCCUGCACGUGGUUUGCCAUGUCCUCGCCAUCAUCGUCGUCCUCGUUUUCGUCGUCCAGCGACGACGAUUUCCUGCAUGUGGGAGUCGCCGCCGUAUUAGACGUGGCCAACCACUUCCAAUUCGACCCUCUAGCGAGCAGCGACUCAGAUAUUGCGGCCGGCGACAGCGAGGACGAACCUCAACAAAACCCUCGCAUCGGCCACGUUGAAUGGUGCCAAUGUGGACACUGCAGGGCCAUGGAGACACAGCUCGAGUCGGUGUGCUGCACAGAACUUGACCGCGUGGACGCACUCCGGGGCAACGAGGCAUGCAUCACAAGCCACCCCACCUUUGUUCAUGCUUGCCGGAACGUGCAUGCCCUUGAAGUGGCGUAUUGCGCCCUCAUGGAAGACCGCCCGGCGCUUGUAGAGGCCCCGGAAAUCCACAGGCGGUACAGAUACACUGCAUACCGCCAAUUUGCACGGUGGGUGUGGCAUCGGCUGGGACGGGGCAACAGGAAGGUGCUGCCCAGCUGUGUCGUAGCAGCCGUGAGGGAUGCCUUCCCAUCUGAGGCAUAUGCAGGGUUUAAAUAUCCGAAUUAUUAAAAAAAUGUGAACAAAAUGUGCCUGUGUCUGUUGUUGCAAUGCUCUGUGACAAGAGGGUU